CUGAAGGGGGGAGUGUAAGAAAAGGGGAGGCAAAGAGGAAAGUAUGUGAAGGGAAGUGUGAGGGAAAAUAUUAGAAAAGCAACACAGAGGGGCAAGCAGGUGAUGACAUGGCGGUGCUUCCAUUCUGCAAGACGCCCACAGGAUCAGUCAAACUCGUCCUGUACUGUUUCCUCCUGGCUCUUAUCAUAUACUUCUUCCAUGGACGUAAAGCAGCGGUCAGCGUCACGUCACCUCGUCCUGUCUUUCAUGCAGAGAGCCGAUUAAUGACAAGCAUGACGCUCGUCAAAGCAGCAGGGCCUCAAACACCGAUGGAGACACCGUGGCGGGCACCUUUAGUGUGGGGUGACAGCCACAACUCAGCCCGGCACAGGGAGAAAUUCGCUCAGCGUGGAAUCCAUACGGGUGUGGUGACCCUCGUUGUGGGGAAAUAUAAACGCUUCAUCCACCAAUUCCUCACCUCGGCUGAAAUCUACUUCCUCCCCGGUCAGAGGGUCACCUAUUACAUUCUCACAGACAGCCCUCAUUCUCUGGAUCCCCCCAUGGAGUUGGGGCCCAAGCGACACGUGAAGGUGGUUCCUGUUGCCGAGGUGCCUGGGUGGAACAGGCUGGCCUAUCGUCGCAUGGCCCUGAUCGCUGACGCCAUCAGAGAUCCAAUCAGCGGCGAGGUGGAAUACCUCUUCUGUGCUGACAUUGACCAGGAGUUUGUCGCCCCAGUGGGGGAGGAGAUCUUUGGUAACCUGGUGGCCACGUUGCACCCAGAGCUUUAUGGGAUGCCACGAAACGCAUUUCCAUAUGAGGUUGAAGAAGUCUCCUCCGCUUGCGUGGACGAGGAUGAAGGAGACUAUUACUACACCUCAGAGUUUUAUGGCGGCUUGGUUUCUGAGAUGUACAGAAUGGCUCGUGCCUGUUCCAUGCUUAUCCUGCAGGACCAGGCCAGUGGUGUGCUGGCAAGGGGCCUCGAGGAGAGCUAUUUGAACCGCUACCUGAUUGACCACAGGCCAACAUGCGUGCUGUCACCAGAGUACAGCUGGUGGGAUUCGGCCCUUGCUGCUGAUGUGCCAGUACAGAGGCUGUUGUCCCUGGGAAGACAGUGUGAAUCUUAUGAUAUGGAGAUGAGAAAGAAGCACAAAUGUUGAAAUGAAUGUAAAGGACGAUGGGUGGAUUUUGCUGGCUCAAUCCAUCACAUACUGGACUACUGUUAUGACUGUUUUGUUUCUUGUAGACCUCGUUCAGACCUGGUAUUAACAUCUGUCCCGCGUGAUCUGAUCAUGUCCAGAUCCCGCUAAAGGUCUGAACACUCCUGAUCCAUCCUGAACGCAUCAUCAGACAUGAUCUCAAACAGAAUUCAGAGGGUGGGUUGAGGCAGCCUGGCUGAGUCUGUCUCUGCAAACAUGCCUGGCAUGGACACCAUUUUGGCCAACUUUAGACUCUCCUAAAAAGCAGAUCCAAGCACAAACGGGUUUUUUCCCCUAGCGAGCUAGAGGGCGGGCUUUACACAAUGACGACGGAGAAAUGACAUCUCGUAGCUUUUGUAUACACCAAAGAGUAUCUCUCCUGGACAAAAACUUAUCAGACGCCAUUACUAGAUAACCAUCGCUACUAGAAAUCUACAACCAGCAGCCGUGAGGGAGAGAGAGAAGAGAGAGACAGACACAGCGUUGCCUCGAGCUAUGCGAGAUGUCAUUGUUCUACAUAAAUUAGGAACUGUGGCGAGUAUCGUGUCGUUUCAAACCAGUUUGACGCGCACAAAUGUGCCGUAAUGAAGUUUGUGGACAUGCUCUAUAAACCCCUGUAAUGCUUAAAGGGAUUUGUGUGAGUAAUCUUUUCAAUUCAUUACUUUGAAUGAUCUAUGUUUAACAUUGUUGACGAUUGACACCUGCUUCAAAUCUACACCUGCUGUUCAAGCCUUGUGGAAAUGGGCGGUGACUGCACCUUCUCUAGACGUAUACUCAGUCUUAUUGAGACUUUAGUCAGGCUAGGUCUGAGGACACGUGGCCACAUUCCUGAACAUGCACGAACACAAUUUGUUGUCAGGAUGGAUUGGAAACCACGUCCUCAGCUGACGUCAACAACACAUCGUUUCAAGAAAUAUCUCCGUCCACACGGAACCACCUGAAACGACUGUAGUACCUAUGACAGGACUGUAGUAGCGCUGUAAUGUUGCACCAAAAAAACAGAGAAGAAGACGUUGUAAACAUUAGAUUGAGGGUGUCCAAACUACAGCCUGUGGGCCAAUCACGGCCCUCGGUAAGAUGUUGUGCGGCCCACAGCUUCGUUUUUAUAAUGUAUUAUUUAUGGCCAGGGACGGACUUGGACAAAAAAACGGCCUUCAUCACGCGUCACCCCCAUUAGCUCAGCUGGUAAGGAGUUGCGGUUCAAGUUUUAGGGCCACGUUGAGAAAAAAAAUUUUUGACUUUGAGAAUAAAGGUGUAAAUUUGCGAGAUUAAAGUUGUAAAUGUACGAGAUUAAAGUUGUAAAUUUACGAGAAUAAAGUCAUACAUUUAUGAGAUUAAAAUCGUGAGAAUAAAGUCUUAAUUUACGCGAUUAAUGUUGUAAAUUUACGCGAUUAAUGUUGUAAAUUUAUGAGAUUAAAGUCGUAAAUUUAUGAGAUUAAAAUUGUACAUUUACAAGAUUAAAGUCGUAAAUUUACAAGAAUAAAGUCGUACAUUUAUGUGAUUAAAGUCCUAAAUUUACAAGAAUAAAGUCGUAAAUUUAUGUGAUUAAAGUCGUAACUUUAUGUGAUUAAAGUCGCGAGAAUAAAGUCGUAAAUUUAUGAGAUUAAAAUCGCGAGAAUAAAGUCUUAAUUUACGAGAUUUAAAUUGUAAAUUUACGAGAUAUUCUAACCUGUUGUUUAAGAAGAGGAGAGCAAGAAAAUCUUUUUCCGCAGAAAGAACCAGGGGGAAAUGGCUGGAACUGGUCGACUGCAGGAUUAUCAGUGGAGGCAUCAGCGGGUCAUUCAGAGGGGUUUUGUGGUUUCUCUAGUUUAUCAUAUGAAUCCAUUUGCCAUAAGGCGUUGGGGUCUCUCUGGACCUUGACUCCUUCUGGAUCCAAAACUUAAUUAUCAGUCAGAAUGUUUCUUGAGAAACCACAAAACCCCUCUGAAUGACCCGCUGAUGCCUCCACUGAUAACCCUGCAGUCGACUAGUUCCAGCCAUUUCCUCCAAGUCCGUCUGGUUCUUUCUGUGGAAAAGAAGCAUUUUCUUGCAUAUUCUUUUUAAAGUCCUGAUACUUAUGACAAUGUGAUGCUGAUGUGCCAAAAGAUGAAGUAUCUCUUUGUUUGUGAAACCUAUUCUAAAGUAUAAUUCCACGAAAUGCUCCACAGCCCUCAUUUUAACAACUCUCCUCUUCUAAAACAACAGGUUACAAUAUUACAACUUUAUUCUCGUAAAUGUACAACUUUAUUCUGGAAGUCGGUGAUUUAUUUAUUUUUUUGUCAAUGUGGUCUUGCUCAUGCAGACUAGUGGAGCCAGGAAUCGAACCCAUUGAGCUACCGUCGGCCCUAUCUAGUAACGUCAUUUGUUGAUCCAGGUGCACAUUUUCACAGUUUAGUGUAGGGCUGCACCAAUACCAAUUUUUUUCUGGCAUGUGAGUACUUGCCGAUACUGAGUACUUAAUACCACAACAACAAAAACUGUACUGUAAACAAAAUACAACAAUACAUUACUGCAUUACUAUUACUGCUGUUUAGUGAAGAGUGAGGACAAUUCCUUUCCUUGUUCACUUAAAACAUUUGGGUUAAACAACUUAGAAGCCUCAUUUGUAAUGGAACACCACAUAAGUAUAUCAGGUGCAGCAGUAUCAGUAGUUUCACGAAUACAAAUACGAGUAACUGUGCGUCUCUGGUUUAGUGUAAAGUAUUGAAAUCAAUCAGGUUAUGAUAAAAAUCAAUAUAUCUACUGCUUCUCUAGUCAAACACUAGCUACUGCAUUCAAAUGUUGGCAUUAGCUUUCUUUGUCCACUCCUGCGUCACUGGUCAUCCCCACCUUGUCUAAUCAGCAUGAGGGUCAUUGUCCCAGACUCUUCCCCCUUUUGUAAUGAGUGAAAGCUGUCGCUCUGUUGCCUUUCUCUCUCCGGUAGAACACGGAGUGAGUGAUUCAGAAGCUCGUCUCACUCAUCACCUAAAGGCUCUGCUGUACUUCCGCGAACAAGCCGCGCACACCGAAGUGCGCCGGUUCACAGCUGAAAGGUCGUCUGUAGCCCAGAUUGGGUCUGCGUGCGCUGUGCGCGGAAGUAAAGCAGGGCCAGAUUUCUCUCACAAACCACACCCCCUGCACUGCUCUCUUUCUCAUUUCUCAGUCCACUUCAUGGCAUUUUUCAAAAUCCAGCAUUGGGCGGUGUUAGCCUUCCAAGAGAGGGUUUUGUUAGCCUUUAAUUCCAGGUGUGAACAGUGGUACCUUUUUACAUGUAAUCCAAUCUCUGAGGAAGGAUGUUAGUCCCGGGUCUGCAUGGGGCCUAAGAGAUGGUCUUUGGUCAAGAUGAAGAUAAACCAUAUUUUUCAGUCUAUGUUCAAUAAAUAAUUCAAAAUGUCCAUUUGAUUUUCCUCUCCAAUGAAGCCAAUAAAUGCAGCCCAUGGCCACACCAAAACAAACGGCACAAUUUGCUCUCUAUUAAGGACUCAUUUGUGUGAAUAGCACCUCUGUGUGGCUGCUGUAUCAUCCACUGCAGACAAAACACAAUUGACCUGUCUCUUUAAACCAAUCUCUGUCCUCUCCAUUAAUGUCAGCAAAGGAGAUACUGCUCCAGCUGCUUUGUGGUCACCAGUGAUAAGAGUCAACAGUGUGAGUGCACACUUUCCCCACAGUGGCCAAUCAUUAACUGGAAGUGCUGCUGUUUCAAGGUCUUUAAAUACCAGGUGGGGGCAAAAAAAAGGGAAACAACAAGAUGCUAUGCCUUCAGGUUACAUGAGCAGAAAUAACCAUGUUUCAGCUCCAGAAGCAUCUUGCUUUAAAACUGGGGAAACUGGAUGUAAAUUUCCAUUAAAAAAAAUGAUUUUGUUUCUUCCACAUAUUGAAGUAAAAUUAAUACUGAAGUAAAGUGUUGACUGAAAGGA